UAUAUCAGCGCUGUGAUUGGACCACAGCCCUGUCAAUAAACAGGAGAGUUAAGAAAGCUUUGUUUUUCAUCAGGCAGAAUUGUACUGUGGGUAUUAGGUCGUGAUGAAACCGGCGUGUAGGUGGACGGGUACACCCUGGUGAUUGGUAGCUAGCUAUUGAACAAGUAUACAUAUCGACACUGUUAUUGACGAAUGUUUAUUUUUACCUAAUAGAGAUUUAUGGGGAUUUGAUUUACUGGCAUCACCAAGAAAUCGCAUUUUGAUAAAGUGUUUAGGAAGACGGCGACCAAAAGAAGGGACUGGACGUCAUCAUCAUCUUUUUCUGGAGAUACACACAGGAAACCAAAGCGGGGGUGGAAGCAUCUAACUAGCAGUCCGUGAGCUACCUCGGUUUGGCCCACGUUAAAUUUGAUAAUUAAUCGGGAGUACUAUUUUAAGGUAUCAUGUCUAAACAAACUGAAUUGAUUCUUUAAGAAAAUGUCUCGUCCUUGUAUUUUAUCGAAAGCGGAGCGACAGUUUGCUGUUAUGGAAAUCGACGUCGAGGAUAUAGCAGAGUGACCUAGCAAGCGAUCUGAAAGAGUAGCUUGCGCGCUAACUAGCUACAGUAGCUUGUUAGCCAGCAUAAGCUGCCGUAGCAAGCCUGUUAGACAAAGGGGGGAGGGAAUGGUUCACGAUUAUCAAAGAAAUAAUAGCAGUGUGUAGUUUGUAUUGGGAGAUCUCCACCCACCCCUAGAAAUCGUUUGUGGUUGUUUAACUUGCCUAUAUGUGAGAAUACUGAUUAGCUAAUUAUUUGAUGCUUGUUGGCUAACCAGGUACCUUGACCUGUCCGGACUAACAAAUCUAGUUUGACUUGCUUGAUGGACAACGUAUUUCUAGCAAGGAGCUAACGUAAAAGAUACACCCCAUUAUUUCCUUUCUUGCUGCUUGCGACGCGGUGAUAGUGUAAUACCUCAAGAGUAAUUGGCUGGCGUUUGCUAGUUGACUAGAUCAAUGGAUCUCAAGACGGCAGUGUACAACGCAGCCAGGGACGGCAAGCUGCGGUUGUUACAGAAGCUUUUGGAGAACAAAGCUGGACAUGAAGUUACCAAGCUCAUGGAAGAAAAGACCAAUGGAGCGACUCCGUUGCUGAUGGCUGCGCGCUACGGGCAUCUGGAUUUGGUCGAGUACCUUUUGGAGUGUUGUGCUGCCCCGGUUGAAAUCGGUGGGUCAGUGAAUUUUGAUGGCGAAACCAUCGAGGGAGCCCCGCCGCUGUGGGCCGCCUCUGCUGCCGGGCACCUGAAAGUGGUGCAGUCAUUACUGGGUCACGGUGCCGCGGUGAACAAUACGACGCUCACGAAUUCAACCCCUUUGCGGGCCGCCUGCUUUGACGGGCAUCUUGACAUUGUGAAAUACCUGGUAGAGCACAAGGCUGAUCUGGAAGUAGCGAACAGACACGGGCACACCUGCCUCAUGAUAUCGUGUUACAAAGGACAUAAGGAGAUUGCCCAGUACCUCUUGGAAAAAGGUGCAGAUGUUAAUAGGAAAAGUGUUAAAGGUAACACGGCCCUGCACGACUGCGCAGAGUCGGGCAGCCUGGACAUCAUGAAGAUGCUGCUGAAGUACGGGGCGCGGAUGGAGCGGGACGGGUACGGCAUGACCCCCCUGCUGUCCGCCAGCGUGACGGGGCACACCAACAUCGUGGACUUCCUGACGCAGCACCAGCAGACGGGCCGGCUGGAGCGCAUCAACGCGCUGGAGCUGCUGGGCGCCACCUUCGUGGACAAGAAGCGCGACCUGCUGGGGGCGCUCAAGUACUGGAAGCGGGCCAUGGACCUGCGCCACGGCGACGGGGACGGCGGCGGCGACGACGGCGAGGUGCUGCGCAAGGCCGAGCCCAAGCAGCUGAUCAUGGCGUACGACUACGCGCGCGAGGUGGACAGCGCCGACGAGCUGGACGGCCUGAUCUCGGACCCGGACGAGAUGCGCAUGCAGGCGCUGCUGAUCCGCGAGCGCGUGCUGGGGCCCUCGCACCCGGACACGUCCUACUACAUCCGCUACCGCGGCGCCGUGUACGCCGACUCGGGCAACUUCGAGCGCUGCAUCAACCUGUGGAAGUACGCGCUGGACAUGCAGCAGAGCAACCUGGACCCGCUCAGCCCCAUGACCGCCAGCAGCCUGCUGUCCUUCGCCGAGCUCUUCUCCUUCAUGCUCCAGGACCGCGCCAAGGGCCUGCUGGGCACCCAGGUCUCCUUCCAGGACCUGAUGGGCAUCCUGACCAAGAGCGUGCUGGAGAUCGAGCGGGCCGUCGGGCAGCCGCAGCCCGCGCCGGACCCCGCCCAGCUCAGCAAGGCGCUGUCCAUCAUCCUGCACCUGGUGUGCCUGCUGGAGAAGGUGCCCUGCGCCCCGGAGGAGGACCACGCCAAGAAGGAGGCCAUCUACCGCUUCCUGAAGCUGCGGCCGCGGGGCAAGGGCGGCUACAGCCCGCUGCACCUGGCCGUGGACCGCAACACCACCUGCGUGGGCCGCUACCCCGUCUGCAAGUUCCCGUCCUACCAGGUGGCGUCGGUGCUGCUGGAGUGCGGCGCCGACGUGGACAGCCGCGACGAGGACGACAGCAGCCCGCUGCACGUGGCGGCCGCCAACAACCACCCCGACAUCAUGAACCUGCUGGUGGCCAGCGGCGCGCACUUCGACGCCACCAACGCCUUCCGGCAGACGGCCUGCGACCUGCUGGACGAGAAGGAGAUGGCCAAGAACCUGAUCCAGCCCAUCAACCACACCACGCUGCAGUGCCUGGCCGCCCGCGCCAUCGUGCGCCACGGGCUGGCCUACCGCGGCUGCAUCCCCGAGAAGCUGGAGGCCUUCGUGCUGCUGCACAGAUAGUGACCGCCCCCCCCCCCCCACCCAAAACCCACCGCCGAGAGUGGCUGCCCGGAUGGCGAGGCUGAAUUCAGUGACCUCCUCCCCCUCCCACUCCACCCCCCCCACUGUGUGCUUCAUGAUUGUACAAAGACAAAAAUAAAAGCAACUUUGUGAGACUUUUUUCGAUGGCUUCCUGCCAAGCCAGAAUCGGACGGCGAGUUCACUUCCUCGAAGAUUCUGUAACUUUGGCCUACACAGAAUUUUGUACAAAGUUUGGCUUUUCUUUGUUUUUCUGUUUUGCUUCUCUUUUUUUUUGUUGGUUUUGUUUUUUAAAAUUUUUUUGUUUGCUUGAAGGAUUUCUUCAUAUUUCACGCUACUUAUGAGGAUCCGCGUGAAAGCCCUCUCCGUGACCCCUUCUGCUUUCCGUUCCUGUCACUAUGCAAAGGUUGCAGGGAAUUGUGGGAUUCGUUUGGGUAAACCUUUUUAAAAAAAUUGAAUUCCUCUGCCAAGGAAGGACAUUCUGUAAAUUUGCAUCCCUGUAAAAUGCUUGCUGUGCUCUUAAUUCAGUGUUUAUGUUGUCAGCGUCGGUUGCACGGAACUGAGUAGAGUGCACGGAAUGGACUGUUUUUUUUUUUUUAAUUCUGUCCAGCCACAAAGAAGCUUUACGAAGUUUGGAUGUUCAUGUUUGCAGAUACCGUAAGUGCUUUACUCUUCCUAUGCACAGGCUAUGAUAUGCGACUGUUCUGUGUUGGCACUCGUCUGUGCAAUACCUACGAUUUUUGUGAUAAAUGCCUGUUUCUUUGAAUGGAUUGUGUUUUGUUUUGUUUUUUUUUUUGUUUUGUUUUUUUUUUUUUUCCUCUCAGAACUUUCUAGAAUACGUUACACUACGCAAAAAUGGGUUAGGGUGUACGGAUUUCGCUAGACUCGUCUUGAAUGAGUGUAAGUGAGCACGCAGACUAAGUAACAGAAGUGCUUUUAUUGCAUCCCAACAAAGAAUGUCUUGUGAGCAGGAGAUGAUGUGUGUGCAACAUUAACAAUGCAUUGUCAUGUUCUGUGGACCCCCCCCUGUUGUCGUCAGGCAAACCCUUCGACACGAGACGAGGAGUGUUAAGGGGUCGGUCCAGCGCUAGGAUUGGAAUGUGCAUGUGGUUUAAAAUUUUUUCGAGUAAUUUCUCAUUUUCACCUCUAGAGCUUUAUGCGGCAUAUCGUUCAGAAACCGUCAGGAGUUCCGCCGAUGUCAAGGUCGAGCAAAAAUUUGUUUUUACUACUGCUGACAUCGUUUUGAAGUCGGCAACGGACGCGCUGCCUUUUCCAUACAGGCAGCACUUUGUUAAAAAUGCACAUUAGCUUUAGUCAUGUGGCGAAAAAAAGGGCUUUUCAUAUUUUUAGGAGCAGAUUUCCCUACCGAAGGAACUUUACAGACAGACCAUCAGGUGAUUGACUGUAUUGCGCACUUUAUUACCACAGAGUACAAUACUUCAUAUGGCAGUAUGGCAUAAGUCCUGUUAAUGUCUUAAGAGCAAAUUUGACAAUAAACCCAUGUUGCACUUGU